UUAAUCUGUUAAUUUCCAAACAAAUAUCCAUAUUUGCAAAUGUCAACCAAAGUCAAAAUUUCCAAAAGAGGGCAAGAAUAUGAAUUGUAUUCAAAAGAAAAUUACAAUCCAUUUAGUAAUUUAUCACUUUGCCCUAAAUCCAUUAUUGCAUUAGCUUAAUCCUCUUAUGAUUAAUAACUUAUAGAAUUUACUCUUAAUUAACUUAAAACACCAUGUAAUUUAAAACACGAAACUCAUUUAUAAAGAAUGAGAUAAAUUGCAGAUAAAUAAGAAACUUUUGUACAUGGUUAAAUCAGCAUUAAUAGUCAAAUUGAAACCUAGGUAUAAUACAGUGAUCAUUCAUUUUAUGAUUAAAUGGAAACAAGUCACAGAAAAAAUAGUUUACAUUAUUUUGAUGAAUCUCAUCAACACUUUUGA